UUCUCUUUUUUUACAUCUUAGUUUCUUUUCUUAACUCUAACUCUUUCCAAAUCAUCUCUCCCUGAGAAAGAGAAGAAUAGCAACUACAUGCAUCAUUUGUUUGCAAGUAGUGCCACAAAAUAAAUUAGUCUCUUUCUUGAAUUUUCAUGCAUAGUUCACAAGUAGUACAAUAAUAUCCAAAUAAAAUGGGCACAGUGAGAAAGCUAAUAGUAGAAGUAAUUGAGGCGCGAAACCUUCUUCCCAAAGAUGGCCAUGGCACUUCAAGUUCUUACAUAGUUGUCAAUUUCUAUGGCCAGAGAAGGAAGACAAAGACGGUCACUCGUGAUCUCUGCCCCCUGUGGAAUGAAAUGUUGAAAUUUAAUAUCGGAAAACCCUCUGAUAUUUUUGGGGACAUGCUCGAGCUGUACGUCUAUCAUUGAAAGUUCAUUUGUCCCACAACCAAGAAUAAUUUCCUUGGAAUGAUCAAGUUAAGUGCUACGCAGUUUGACAAGAAAGGUGAAGAAGCAUUGAUCUAUUACCCUUUGGAGAAGAAAUAUUGGUUCAGUUGGAUUUCUGAUGAAAUUGGUCUGAAAAUUUAUUUUGUCAAACAAUUAAUUGUUUCGAAACUCACAACGGAUCCUAAUCAAUCACCACCAGCUGAGACAUCACAAGAUGCACCGUAAGGUGAGAAGCCAAAUUUUAUAGAGGAGCCACCUGCAGAAAAAGCGGAAAAUCCUACUACCCUAGAAGUUGAGCCGCCUGUAGAAGAAGCGGAUCAUACUACUUAUGGGAGUAGUGUUUUAAUGGAUCCACCAUAAGAGUUGCCAGUACAAGAUGAUGAAUUUACUUAGGUAAAAAGAUCUAUAUCUUUAGGAUCUAUACCUGAAGUAAAAGUUAGCAAUAAUGUUAAUAAUGUCACUUGUCGUAGGCUAAUUAGUCGAGCUUCAUCAGUCAUAUUCUCUGAUUCUAGAUUAUGUCCGAUUGAACCGUCCUCGUUUGAUCUUGUAGAGAAAAUGAAUUACCUCUUCGUUCGAGUUAUAAAAGCUCGAUCGCUACCCACAGUUGGUUGGCCUAUUGUAAAAAUUGUUGUUUCCGACGGCCAUGUUGUAUCAAAGCCAGCCCAAAAAAUAGUAUUGUUUGAGUGGUACCAAACGUUUUCUUUCAAUCGGGACGCACCUGAUUCCUCUUCUCUCUUGGAAGUAUCAGUGUGGGACCUAAAUGCCAAGUCAUUUGAUCCUACAUCCGAUGUGGAAGGACAUGUAUUUCUAGGUGGAAUUUGCUUUGAUGUGAGUGAGAUCCCCCUACACCCACCUGAUAGUCCUUUGGCUCCACAAUGGUAUAGGCUUGAAGGAGGUGGGGCUAAUAGAGGUGAUCUAAUGCUUGCCACUUGGACUCAAGCUGAUGAAUCAUUUCCUGAAGCGUGGAAGACCGACACUGCCGGUAAUCCUGCUUCUAAAUCCAAGGUAUAUCAAUCUCCUAAAUUGUGGUAUUUGAGAUCUUCAGUGAUAGAGGCACAAGACAUUUUGCAGUUGACACAUUCAAAGAAGUCAUCAUAUCACAUCAAAGCCCAAUUAAGAUUACAAGUUCAAAAGACCAAAUCCAUCUCCACAACUAGUACUGGAUCUCCAUCUUGGAAUGAAUACUUGGUCUUUGUAGCAGCUGAACCAUUUACUAAGCACUACUUGCUAUUUUUCCUAAUAGAAACGGACAGGACAGCGAAAGAGCAAACCGUCCUUGCAGUUGCUAGCACACCGCUCACCACAAUCAAGCGUCAGGUGGAUGAUCGUAAGGUGGUGUCCAGAUGGUUCAUAUUUGAAGAUCCUAAUGAAGAGAAGAGAUUUUACAAAGGUAGAGUCCACUUUCGCCUUUGUUUUGAUGGUGGAUAUCAUGUGAUGGAUGAAGCAUCCCAUGUUUGUAGCGAUUACCAUCCAACUGCAAGGCUACUAUGGAAAGCACCAAUUGGGAUUGUUGAAUUAGGGAUUAUUGGGUGCAAGAACCUGUUGCACAUAAACGGCAAGGGGUCUACGGAUGCUUAUGUAGUGGACAAGUAUGGCAACAAGUGGGUACGCACUCGUACCAUAUCUCAUAGUUUAGAACCUAGGUGGAAUGAGUAGUACGCUUGGAGAGUUUAUGAUCUAUCCACUGUGUUGACUAUCAGAGUAUUUGAUGGCUGCUGGGAAGUAGUAUUCGAAUCAAAUGAGUGCAUGAGGUCAGAUAUUCGAAUUGGUAAGGUGCGUGUGCGUAUUUCUACAUUGACAACAGAUAAAGUGUACAACAAUACUUUCCCAUUACUUUUGUUAUCACAAGCUAGUUUGAAGAAAAUGGGGAAGAUUGAAUUAGCAAUGAGAUUUAUAUAUGCUGUACCAACGCUUAAUUUCUUACAUGUCUAUUCACAACCAUUUCUUCCCAUGAUGCAUCAUGUAAAUCCCCUUGGCAUGUGUCAACAAGAUAGUUUAAGGAUUGCAGCUGUCAAAAUAGUAGCAAGCCACUUGACAAGAUCUAAGCCUCCUCUUAGGGGUGAGGUUGUGACUUACAUGUUUGAUGCCGAUUCACAUUCAUUCAGCAUAAAAGUUUAUGCAAAUUAGUUCAGGAUCAUUAAUGGCAUCGCUGGGGUAAUUGACAUUGUCAAGUGGGUAGAUGACACACGUGGCUGGAGGAAUCCGACUACAACUUUACUUGUGCAUGCACUUUUGGUGAUGCUUGUGUGGUUUCCCGACCUGAUCAUACCUACAUUCGCCUUCUAUGUGUUUGUGAUUGGUGCAUGGAAUUAUAGGUUCAGAUUGCGAUAUACUUUACCCCACUUUGAUCCAAAGAUAUCACUGGCAGAGACACUUGACAGAGAUGAGCUUGAUGAAGAGUUUGAUGCAUUGCCUUGCACUAGACCAAAUGAAUUGGUACAAGCCAGAUAUGAUAAACUGCGCACGCUUGGGGUACGGGUCCAAAAAAUCUUGGGAGAUUUCGCAACGCAAGGGGAGAGAGUGCAAGCAUUGGUAACUUGGCUUGACCCUCGAGCCACAGGGAUAUUUAUUGGGUUGUGCUUUGUGGUGGCAUUCAUUUUGUACUUGAUACCAUCUAAAAUGGUGUCUAUGGCCUUUGGUUUCUACUUUCUCCCCCAUCCCAUAUUUAGGGAAAGAAUGCCUUUCCCUGCUUUGAAUUUCUUUAGAAGGAUGCCUUCACUUUCAGAUAGAAUGCUCUAGUUCUAUUUAAGUACG